AUGAAAUCUAUCAAAGUUUUCGUGCUCGACGAGUGUUCGUGUAGUUUCGUAUUGCGACGCGGCUCGCGUGUUGCUGGCGACGAGGUCGUGACGGCGCGGUCGCGGCGGCACUGUCCGCGGGCCCACAUUGCCACGACCGGCUCCCGCGGAGUCCCGUCGUCUCACACCAGGCCGCGAGGAGGGCCUCUGCGCGCGCACCGCGGCCUCCCGGCCAAUGGCGCCGCGAGGGAGGGACCGCGCUUAAGACGCGCGGAAGUAUAUGCGGAGGCCUAUGUACAGUGA